GGCGUGGGGCUUUUGUUCCCUUUCUUCACCAGCCCCUUGUCCAGGGCCACUCUGUUGCCUUUGCCUGGAAAGGCCAGCUUCCCUCCUUGGUGUCAGCCUUGCUUCACCUUCUUGACCGACCCGACGCUGUGCAGUCCCUCUUGUGGUCCUUUUUGGACACUUCUCUCCCCUCCGAGGUCCGCGCCUUUUGUGACCGGGUGAGCGACGGCUCUGCUUCUUCCGCCACCCUCCGCGCCGAAGGCACUGCCCUCCUUGGUCAACUCCGGCGCGAGCAAACUGCCCAGCAAGCUGACCAGUACGGUGAGUGGCUGGAGGAAGCUUCGAGUUCGCACCUGGGGCCGCUCUUUCGAGCCAUCAAGUCCCAUGAGCAGGUGCUUGAUCGGCCCUUUCAAGACUGCGAUGGACUUCGCCGUGUCUUUGAACGGCAUGAGCAUUGGGCCCGCGUCUGGCAAGCUUCGGUUUUUCCCCAGCACUUUGCUCACCCUCUCCUCGCGGAGCUCCGCUUGAGGGCCGUCUCCCAUUCUGGCACCCUGGCUCCCUUGACUGUUCCCCACCUUCAGAAACUUCUCAAGAAAGCCGGGAAAAAGAAAGGGGGCCCGGACGGCUGGAGCUACCCAGCCCUUCGGGCACUGGACCCGGCAGCUCUUCAGCUUGUUGCCGACUUCCUCGCCCGUGCGGAGGCUGAGGUGCUUCUGCCUUUCCAGCUCACCUGCGUUCAGGUCGCUCUUCUCCCGAAGUCGGCCGACAAGGAACGCCCCAUAAGUCUUCUACCGUGUCUGUGGAGAUUGUGGGCACGGGCUAGGUGGCAGGACAUCUCGGCUUGGACGUCGGCUUACGCCCCCGCCCACCCGUGGGACCGGGCGGUUCCAGGCCAGGCAAGCCUGGACCCGGCACUGGCCCGCCUUGUCAGAUCAGAGCAUUCAAAGCUCGAGAGGACGCACAUAGUGUCGCUCUUCCUCGAUUUGCGAGGCUUCUUCGAUUCUGUGAGCUAUGAGCGCCUUCUCCUCCAAGGGCUCGCUCACAGUUUCCCUCCUCUUCACCUCUGGUUUGCCCUCCAGGUCUACCAGGGUCCUCGCUGCCUUGUGGCCGACUCGAUCGCUGCCACGCCGCUCUUUCCUGGCCGGGGCGUGCCCCAGGGUUGCCCUCUCGCUCCCUCGCUUUCCAAACUCACCAUGUCCGAGCCACUCCAGAAGGUUUCUUCCCUUCCCUUCGUCACCAACACAGACUUAUGGUUGGACGACGUGAGUUUAGACGUGGUGGGUUCCGACCCUGUCGAGGUCGCUUCCUCUGCGCUUCAGGCCUACCGGGUACUUCACACCUCCCUCGGCCUUGAGGGCCUAGAGGUUGAGACCACAAAGACCAAGUUCGUCGCCGGCACGGCCCGCGCUCGCGCCGCGCUUCAGCAGCUGCGGCGCCCCGGCGAACCCGACACCGCCGACCUGGUUAAGGAUCUCGGCCUUGACUGCGCUGCUGGCCGACGGCGGCGCAUCACCACCGCCCAAAAGCGCUUUCGCACCGGCAUCGGCCGAGUCCGCCACAUGCGCCGCCUCCGCAUACGCCGCAGGUGGGUGCGUGGCCGGCUGCUCCAAGCCUCCGCCCUUAAGGCUGGCCUUUAUGGCCACCAGGCCGUUGGGGUUGCCCCUAAGCGCCUUAAGGUCUUACGCUCGGCGGUGGCGCGCAAGGCUGGUCGUUUCGAGCACGGCUCCGCCGACGUCAUUCUCGACCUCAUGUCCCACAAGGCCGUUGACCCACACCAGCUUGUGGUUGUGGAACAGCUUCAGGCCUCCAGCGCCUCACCCGAAGGCGUGAGGUUACUCACCCGCACUUGGGCCUCCUCCUGGUCCAGACAGGCCUCUGCCACCCAUGGGUGGAAAAUCGUGAACGGACCCGUUUCCGCGCUCAUCCAGUACUUACUGGACUUGCGGGUGUCUGCCCCUACCCCUGAGGUCUGGACACACCGCGAAGCUACCUUUCACUUCCGCUUCCGCGAUCCGGGAGCGGUUUUUGAGGCCUCUGCUUUCUUACGCCGGGUCAUACAGCUCGAGCGCUGGUCCCGUAUCGGCACCGUCUCCACUGCCGCUGGUGCCGCCUUAGGCAUCGAUUGGACCGUGCCCCGCCGCCUCUUAGCCAGUCCUCGGACGAAGCCCUGGCGGCAUGGCCUUAGGGCCGUCUUUCAAGGCGCCCUCCUCCACUCUGGCAACGGAGGGAAGGAACGGUGCAAGUUCUGUGGCGGCCCCAACACCCUGCACCACCUCCUUUACGAGUGCGAAAACAUCCCCGGCGCCCUCAUGCCCGCGGGCUGGUUGUCCUACAAGCGGCGCCACCCUGCCGACUGCCUUUGGUUGCGCGGUAUGCGCCCCCUUUCCCCCCGCGAGCCCCUCGCCCGCGAGGCUGAGGUACGCCGUACUGGCCUCUUUCUCGAAGGCACCCCUGACUUAACCGGGCUCUGCGUUGCCACCGACGCUUCCGGAGGCCCUGCCUCCAAGGAUAGUCGCCUCCGCUCGGUCGGCUGGGCCGCGGUGGUUGCCAGCAGGAGUGAUGGCGACCUUGUCGUGCUGGGCACCCUGUCCGGGCUUUUGCCUGCCCCUGCUUCUGUGCCGGAGGGUGAGAGCGAGGCCAUCGCUCAGGUCCUCCUCUCUUCCAGAGGCACUUUUGACCUCACCUGCGACUGCCAGCCCGCCCUGCGCAGCCUCCAGGGGCCCUUCACGAAGCGCACCUCGCUUGUGUGGGCCAAGGCUUGGGAACACAGGCACCGAGCUGAACCCCACUGGGUGCGCUCUCACCUUAGUCCCUCGGACUUUUGUUUUGAGUUCGGCGCUGACGCCCUGUGGCGCCAUGAGCUCAAUUCUCUGGCGGACAAGCUCGCCAGGGACCGCGCGGAGGAGGUUCAGACCCCACACCGUCUUGCCGCCCAGAAGGAGGUCGACCGUGUCACCUCCCUCGUUUGCGAGUAUCUCGGUCACCGCGCGGUCGCAAUUUUGGCCAAGGCCGAAAAGGAGGAUUUCGUGCCGCGGAAGAACCGCCUCCUCUCCGCUCUUGAGCCCUCCUCUUCCCCCUCGCCCAACAAGAGGCAGAGGUUGCAGGCCCUUCUUGACGAACCCCCUCUCCCGGGAGGGCACGUUUGGUCUCGCACCUCUAAGGAGAAGAGUUUCAACAUGUGUGUUAAAUGCUCCGAGUGCUCCCUUUGCAUCUACCAGGUUGACACGCCGGAAACCUUUGAGCGCCUCAUUUCAUUCCCGUGCCGAACGGCUGCGGUUUCGUGCCCCUUUCCGGUCCACCCCUCGCACAGUCUUGUGCGCCAGGGGCCUUCCUGGAAGUGUGGCCAGUGCCAUGGCCAAGUGACUCUUCGCAUGGGCGAGCAUGACCGUGAGCGGGUGCAGGCGAAUCCGCCUCCCGCACCACCACCGGCUCCUCGCCGAAGGGCUGAGGUCGAAGACGACGAGGACCAACCCCUUCCCUGGUCACGCCGCGUGACAAACCGCACGACAACCAGCGAACUCCUGGCUGGAGAACCCACCGUCCGGCCAUAUUCGCGCGCUGCGGCAGGUAAAGCCCGCCAGUCGCGACGUUUCUCCGAGGAGAAACUGCAACGAGGAGAGCGGGUUGAGCGUGAGGCGAUGCCAAUCGCCCUGCCCCCCCCGCCUUGUUUCGAUCUCGAGAUAGAGCACAUCCGGAUCUUUGCGACGGGGAGGAGUCCGCAGACUCCACCUCCAUUGCAACCUCAGCCACUGGGGGCGAGGGGCCGGCAGAGCCUGACGACUUACUGGCUGCUCGUGGACGAGCACGAGAUCGCGGCUCAUGACAGCCCGCAUCUCGCGGUGCCGCCCUCGCCCCUGGUGGCUGAGGUCCCCCAACGAGAGGUGGCACCAGAGCUCCCCCCAGCAACCUCCUCGCCUCCGGCUGAGGUUUCCCUCCCCCGUGCUGCUUCCCUGGCCACACGUGGGUCUUCCCCGCUCCCGGAACCAACUGGCCCUCCGAUGAGCUUUCACCCCCGUAACCGUGGGCCUCCAGCACAGGUGGAGCACUCAGUCACUGCUGGAGUUGCCUCCUCAGCCCCGGCCGGCCCCCGGCCCUCUCCGGUGGCUGAGGCCUGUCCCCCGACAGGUCCUAAGAGCCUUUCCUCGCCUUCGGCUGAGGUCGCUUCUCCUUCCCCGGCUCCUCCUCGGCAGCCGGAUGUGGAGCUCCGCGCCCAGGCCUUCCCCAACAGGGCACCCCUGCUUCCAAGCCCUCUGGCAACCCCUGAGGUCAAGCCCUCGCCUUUGGCUGAGGUAGCAACCUCUGGUUCAGUGGGCCCCGAGCCCAAGGCUACCGCCCGGCCUCCCUCAGGCCCUCCUGGUACCUUGUCAAAGAAGGGUGAACCUGCCCCACACACACCCAGUGGCCCGGGUAAAGGGGCCACAAUCUCCACCGCUGCUUCGGCAGCUGCAACUCCAGACGUUGCCUCCACAGCUGGCAGUGGCCCCCUUGAGACCCUCGCCUCCUUGGCUGAGGUUUCGGGUCUCUCCACGGCCCCGCCGGACCCUGCAGAGCCAGAGCUCGCUGGCCUCGCAGCGGUUGCCGAGCAGAGAGGGGCCAGUCCUCGGGGGUCUCAGGUGACGAAGCGACGGACUCUCCAAGCUCGUCUCCUCGCCGGCCGGCUAGAGGUCCGGCUCCAGCUGAGGCUCGUCUUCAGCGAGAACUUCCUCCGCUGUUUUGCAUGCGGCGUUCACAACUUCCAAUCAACAACGAUGGAAGCCCAUGCAAUGACCUCCAGGCACGUCCGCCUCCACGGCCUAUGUGGCCAAGCGAAGGCGCGAGCUGGCAGCUGCCCAGGCUGCCCAGCCUUCCGUGCCGUAGGCCCCGAGCCUUGGCACUCGUCUCCCCAGGCACACCUCAGGCUCCUUCCUCGCCUUUUGGCUGAGGUUCGACCCUCAGCGGUGCUUGGAGGGCCCCGGGCAUCCCUUGGUCCUUUCCUCGCCUGUUCGGCUGAGCGGGCUAAAGAGAAGAAGAAGCAAAUCUACCUCAUGAAGGCCAUCAACAAUGGUAUGAAGAAAAAGCCGAGAAGCAGAAGGGCGCGCGGGUCAGAAGAACCUGGGAGAAGCAUGUCAAGAACCACUGUGCUCAGAUCACGGCUGGAGAUCCCGUUCGUGGAGGUGACGAUUUCCGGAAUCGUCAAGGAGCCUCGUGGACCGCCGGCACCGUCGACGGUGCCGCAGCCGAAGACCCUUCCAGCGCGAGCUGCAAGGGCCCCGGAGGUCAAGGCGGAGGGCGCGUGUGCAGCAAAGGUGCCGGAGGUCAUGGUGGAGGGCAUGGAGAUCAAUUUCCCACCACCGGGACCCGAGGUCAGCCGGACGAGGGCCCUCUGCGCCCUCAGAGUGGUCACUUGUGUCCAGUCUGCCGCCAUGGUCACCAGUGUCCAGCGUGCCAGUGGAUGCAAGGGCCAGGGAAACUCCAGCCAAGACGAGAGUCUAGAAGCCUCCAGCAGAGAGGAGAGCCGAGAAGCUGCACGUCGGGGACGACGGCAAGAUCUACAACUCGCAGAGCGAGGUGGUAGAGCUCGAGAGCAUCGAGAUAGAGUGAGCCACGGCGGUGCACAAGGAUCCUCCAAGGACGUCCGCCAAUCUUCCGAGGACGUCCACCAUCCAGGAAUAUCCGAUAGUUCUUCUUCCUUGGGACUCUCGCUUCUGAUGCAAGAAAAGCUUGCGUUUGCAUGUGAGCAUGAUGUUGCAGUUGAACUUGGUGAGCAUGCAUGUGUUGGUGGUUUGGGUGAGCAUGAUUUGCAGCAUGGUGAGUUGCUUGAGCAUGUUGGCCAGAAUCGACCACAGCGCCCAGCAGCCAAGGAAGCCAUGUUGAAUGACAUGUCGGCAUGGAGUCGUAGCGUUGGCUUGGUUGGUGUUGCUCCCAGUGAGUUGACGGUGAGUGUGAAGUCGGACAUUGAGGGUGUGGUGAAGAACCUUGCGCAGAGUUUUGCUGAUGGUUUGACCGCCGGUGCCAUCGAAGUUGUGGAUGCCCCUGUUGGUUGGCAUGCUGUUGUUGCAGAGCGUGCUGUGAGGACCAUCAAGGAAGGUGCAAACACACUGUGUGCUGGGUUGGAACAGGUCGGCUUGGAGCCCUGCGGGAAGGGUGUCACGUAUCUUUUGAUGCACGUUGCCCAGGUCUACAACCGGUACCAGGUGCAUCCUGGAUCGGCGUUGUCCCCAGAACAGCGGUGUUUGAAGACCACCCGUGGACCGCAUGCCGCAUAUGUUUGGGGUGCUGCUGUGCUUGCCACUCCUCCUCCCUCUUUGCGUGACAAGAUCACCGGCCGUUACGGCCACGCCGCCUACCUUGGACCAGAGGUUGGAAGUGGAAGCCACAUUGUGCAGUUUAGGCUGCGGGAUGGCGCCUUGAAGAUUGCGAGAAGCGCAAGAAUCCGGAUGCUGGUUCCUCUCACUUUUGAGGUGUCGAGCUUGAAAGGUGUUUGUCGCAUGUUGCCUGGAAGAAGGGAUGAUGCCCAGAAGAAGCUCCCCGAGAGCAGUGGUGACAAUGUGCGCGACCUCCCGUUGCCGAACACCGCAACCCGAGGACCACCACCAGAGUGGAUUGAAGAAAACGGAAGAACCCCAAGGUGCCGAGCUUGCCGGCUGCGCGGCUUCCCCGCGGAUAAGGCCUGGCACACCCAGAAGUGCCGUGAUCGAUACGCCGAGUUUGUGCGGAACUCUUUCGAUCCCAGCCGGGCAAUCCUCGAUCAAGCCCCAAUUGAAGAAGAAGAUUUGGCUGAGUAUGAGCCCAGUCUGCCCGGAGUUGAAAAUGAGAUUGAGCUUGGAGAAGAACUCGAGCAGAUCGAGGCCCCGAGCCCGGGCGAGCUUGAUUUCAUGCAAGUGGAUCCUGAACCUCUUGAGGCACUCCCUGAAGAAGAGCGGGAGGCCAUGGUGUCUAGUGUGAUGUACCGAGAGUCCAUCUCCUUUGCUGGUGCGUCGGUUUGCUUUGCCGGGGCCGCCACCAAGGCUGACUCGAACUGGGUGAAUGUGCUUACUGUGAGUGAGCGUGAUGAUGGUGCCAGUGCACAGACCUUGCUUGAGCUCAAAGCCAUCUUUGCUGCGCAGAUCAAGAAGAAGGUACUCCGUGCACCGGAGGCUGCCCAUAUCAAAGGCUGCGUGCCCGUGAUCCAGCUUAUCGCCGAGGGCGGCCGCGAUCAUCUUCUUAUCGCCAAGCGGUGGCGUGUUGUUACCACACACCCAGCAGUUGCUGAGAGCAUUCGUGUCUAUCGUUGCUCUGGGAAGCAUGAGCACUCGAAGGACUUCGACCUCAAGAGUACACAGCACUACCCGACUACCCGAUAG